AUGUUAGUGACCAGGAGGAAGAGGAUAGCCCCGCAACAGGUGACCUGGUUCAUAGCCCGCCUGAGUGGGGGGCAGAUACAGCGCACCCGAUCAGCCAUCAUGUGGACCCCCACCAACAACCGGAGCAAGAGGCCAGUAUGGAGAUAUCAGCUAGCCAAGUACAGCAGCAAGAGGCAGGAACCACGACAUCAACGCGCUUCUUUCAUGAAGCGUCAGAAGGAGAGGAGCGCGCACUGA